CUCGAAUAUCAUAAAAGGUAAAAAAUAAUAAUAACUAAAAUAACGAAAACAAAAUUUAAUAAAUAAUAGUAUUAUUAGUAUAUAAAAAUAAUAUGAGAUGUACAGUUUAUUAUUUUUCAGACAUAUAUUCACAAAAAAAUGUUCUCGCUACGGCAUGGAAGACAACGGUAAGCAACACCAGUGCCAAACAAGGAACGUUACCUGUCACAUUUGUAAUCGAGCUGGUCAUUACGCAAGGCGCUCUUUUAAAAAAAGAUGUUUUCAGUAUAUUAAUAAAAAUGAAAACAAACAUCCAGCACUUAAAAAACGUUUUAAGUCAUCAAAAGUAACUGCAAGAACCAAUGUGGAAGCUGAAGAAGAACAUGUAUUCCAUCUAGACAACAACGAUGACAAAGUUGAAUUUGAGUAGGGGGAGUUAUUAUAACCAUGUUAAUAGACUCAGUAAAUGUAAUAUAAUGUCAGAAUUUCUCAUUGCUCCUUUUGUAAUUGAAAAUGUUUUUGCAUUUACCACUCCCUUAUCGAAAUUGCUGCAAUCAGUUAAUAUUGAUUUAGGAAAAGCAAUAUCACUAGCUGAAAGUUGUUAAAAGGAGCUUAAAG